AAAAUGAACCAAAUUUUAUGGACAAUGAACAAACAUGGCCUACUGAAGAAGAGAUGGGUGGGAGCAAGACAUCAAUAUCAAUUGAAGAACUUCCAGAUGCACUUCCUGGAUCACAUUUGACGAAUUUUGGGGACGAAGAUGAAUAUGAAUAUGAUGAGAUAGAAAUGGACAAGAAGUUAAAUUUGUCCAAUCAAUUAGAAUCUGAUGAAGAAGAUAAACAAUUAAAGGAAUAUAUAUCCAAAAGAGAAAAACAACAUAAAGAUGACCUUGAAUUUCCUGACGAGGUGGAUACACCAUUAGACGUACCUGCAAAAAUUAGGUUUCAAAAAUAUCGUGGUUUACAAAGUUUUCGUACAUCACCAUGGGAUCCAUAUGAAAAUUUGCCAAUUGAUUAUUCUAGAAUCUUUCAAUUUGAACAUUAUAAAAGAACAAAAUCUAGAAUUUUGAAUCAGUUUAUAGUUGGUGAUGGU